AUGAAGACCCUGAAGAAGAAAUUCUCCAUAUACCAAUCGAGCCAGAAGGUUCGAAAGCUCUGGUGCGACUACAGCGAGGCCAAGAGUGGCAUAGAAAGCCCCUAUAGCAGCUCAACUACUAGCGCAGAGAGUCGGGAAGGAGACGACUAUGAUGCCGGCGCGUCAGCAUUCCCUCCCUCUUUGUCCAGCGCUGGCUCGAUAGCAGCAGGCCAGGGGCCGGCGCGCGCCCUCCGCGCGUUCGUAGAUGCGGUGGAUUUGACCGAUGCUAGACAAGCUGCUGUUCUCCAAAACCUGGACGACGUUGGUCAGGGGGAGCUCGUGUCCACAUUGAUAGAGCUAGCGAGGGGCUUGGUGGGAGCAGACGAUGCGCGUGGGGGGUCAAUCCCGCUCGCCGUGACAGCUGGCGAUGUGGCUCUCGCGGAGAAGUCCCUAACGGUGGCGCAGACUUGUCUCGCCGGAACAACCACCGCAAAACAGCCGACAGAAUGGAAGGAGAACCUGAGACAUCUGGUGGCGAUACUCGCCGCUGAAGAGGGCGCCCCCGACGGCCAGAUGCUUGUGCCCUUGGACACGGACAUGUGCCGCAGGAUGCUAGACGUGAAGGCUGCCGCUCUGGGAGUGUUGAAGCUGGUGGUGACUGACCAUGAAAAGGUGGUGGGACUCGGGAUCUACGGAGGCUUCCAGACCAUAGCACACCUGGCUCUCCCGAGGGGCUCGCUGCUGCGGCCUCAGGCGGUGGAACUUCUCGCCUUAUUUCUCGCCAUGCCCCGGCCCGAUCCCGAAUCUGCGGCACGUCGAGAGCCAAGGGGGAGAACGGGCCGGUGGGUUGGUCGGUUUGGAGGCGGCGGCGGCGGCGGCGGCGGAGGUGCUAGUCGUAGUCCUCGCUUUAGCGGCGACUGCUGCGGGGAGGGGGAAGACGAGGGCGGGGUGGCGGCCUCGUCGUCUUCUUUCGCAGACGCCGCGAGCUUCGUCUUGAGUUGCAACUUAGGCGAUGCUGGGGAGGGGGUGGGCAGCGGCGAUGGUGAUGGGCCAGCCAAGCCGCAAAAAGAGCAAGCGGGUGUCGCUGACCCCAGGGAUGUCGCGGAGAUGAUGCUUGCGGGUGGCGUGCUUGCAGUUCUCGCCGAUGUCAUCGCGCCGUGUCGAGCCGAGGGGGCUUCAGGCGGAGACACUCACGCCACCGAGUCGGGAGCGGAGAGCAGCUUGAACGCGCCCGACAGCGAGAGCUCGCGUCUCGAGGCUCUCGAAGCCGCCGUCGCCAUGGUGGAAGGGCGGCCGAACGCGCAGAGGGACUUCGUUCGGCUGGGCGGGCACUCCCGCAUCUGUAGCCUGGUCCACGACGUGGCCGAGAGGGGGAAGCAGAGCGCCCUGCACCCGCCGGCUGACUCGGCUGCGGAGAGCAGCAGCCGACGCAGCCAUAGCCGGAGCAAGCCUCGCGCGGACACCUCCCCGGGGGGGGAAGGACAGCCUGUGGGAGAGCUGCGGACUCUCGACGCCGCGUUCGACUCGGUGUUUCGGCUCGCGCUCGACGGCCACACCAUCGCCCCCGGCGCGCGCGCGGACGGCGUGGACACGGUGAGGUUGCUGCUCGCCCUCGCCGCCCGGUCGUCCUCGCUGGCGGUGGCCCUGCGGGCCGCCCGCAGCCUCCAGGCGCUGCUGCACGUGCGCCCGAUGAACGCGGUUUCCCUCGAGCGGCAAGACGCCCUUCAGAUAGCCGCGGACGCCGUCGCAAAGCUUGCCUUUUCCGGCGGCGGCGGCGGUGGUGGCCCGUGUUUUGGCGAGGCCAGGGGGGAGGACGCAUUGUUCGGCCUCGACGGGGAGGUGGUUGUCGCGGAGCGCCUGGCGUGGUCCGUGGACGACAAGCGGGCGGCGCUGUCCUCGAUGAACGACGUGGUUCGCGUGGUGGCGGCGGUGUACAGCCGACGGGACGCUCGAGCGCUGGAACGAAAAGGCGGCUGCGGAGGCGAGCGGCCCGAGGAGGGCGACACCGCUGUCCUGGCCGGCAUGCUGCAGAUCGUGCAGGAUGAGCUGCUGGAGCCGCUGCACCCACGCCCAGGCCCCGACGCCGCUGUCAACGACACCGGGAACGCCGACCGAUUGGCGGCGGCGGCGGAUCGUCCACAUGCGGCUGGAGAAUCUUGCCGGUCGGGUUGGACGGAAGGGUGGCUUCUCGGCGCCCUCGAGAUCGUGGCCAGGGUGGUGGUGAGGGGCGACAGCGGCACCGUGGAGGCCCUUGGGGCUGCCGGGGGGUGGGGCCUCCUCGCGCACAUAGCCCGCAUCCCGUCACCCCCGGCACACCUGCGCGAGCGCUCGCCUUCGGCAGCGGCGGAGGGCGACGGCACCAACGUUAGCGGCCAUGGCGCGGGAAGCGCACAAGGGGGGGAGGGUGACGGUGAACGUUCGAACGGCCGGCUGCUAUCGGAGUCAUGGGUCGGAUGGGUCGGGGUUCGUCGUUUGGCGCUGUGGAUCAUUCGGGAGGCCCUGCUGACUGGGACGGCGGGACAGUGCCGCGGCAGCAACGGCAGUGCGGGUGUCACGACCCUCCUCGUGCAGCCGGCGAGGUGGCUUGUAUGGCUCGUGCGAGACUUGAUGAAGCCGACCCCGCCGCCCUGUGGAGAUGAUGUUCCCGCGGGAGCUUGCUCAGCAGACCAGACAAGGGACCAGGUCCUCAUGAGGCUAGCCAUCUUGAACGAGCUACGCCUGGCGAUCGGGUCUUUCGGACCGUGCGAGGUGGUGAUGGAAGGUUGCACAAGAGUCCUCCCGCUCGUAGCUCUCCGGGCCGCGCAACCGAAGGCACCGGUGGCAGGAGGGGUUGGCACGGGAGGUGAUGAUGAGGAGGUCGGGGGCAGGACAGGCGUGUCGCCGAACAGACAUCCUCAGGCGCGCAUGGGAGCGGUCAACGUCAAGGUGGUUGGCCGGCUGGCUGGAGACCAGCGCGGGGUCGUCUUAGACUCCCUUGUGUCGGAGGGUGUGAUGGAGGUUCUGCUGGCCAUCGUCCAGGAGAACGUAUCCUCCUUUUCACCGGGGUCGCGAACGGCCGAGUCGGGCUUGGCCCUGCUGCUCCUCGCCGACCUGGCCGCGGGAAGUGAAGCGGCGAAGGUGCGCCUAGGUUCAACCCUAGGCUACGACACCCUCGCCAAGGCUGCUCACGGCGCUGGCGUGGCGAUUCAAGCGCACCAGUUUUCUCUCUGGCUGGAGGCGUCUUUGCGGCGGUUGGGCGGGGUCACGUCACGACUUCCUCCGCCGUUCGAGUGCGUUGUAACAAACCCGGAUGAUGCCUUGGCUUCAUCCGACGUAUCGCCGACCCUGAAAGUCGCCCGGUUUGGAGUCAGACAAGGGAGCAGCACAGGGCAACAAGCCAGUGGUGCGGAAGGGAAGGCGUGGUUGGGUGAGGAGAGCGGCCAGCGCGGGCGGGGAGAGUCCAGGGAUUCCGGGAGACGGCGGGGAUGGAGGCGGCGUAGUCCCAGGAGGCGAGGGGGGUCGAAAGACGGGAUCGCGUGGAUGCCUCGCUCCCUGCCCAGGCUGGCUCACUCUGUAGUGGGCAGCAGAGCGGAGAGUAGCGCGGAGGGGGUGUCUGAGGCGCACCACAUGUUCGACGAGCUCUGGCUUCCUCCAGGACUCGUCACGCUAGCGCAAGACGUCCUCCUCAUCAACAGGGCGCGCAGCGGGGUCGUGGUGCGAGAGGAGGAGCGGUACUUCAUCGCCCAGCCCAGGGGCGCGCGAACCGGCGGAAGCGGAAGCGUCGCCUCGUCGGACCUGGGACACCCGCUGUGGAAGCCGGCGGUGACGAAGUUUCGCGGGCUCGAGGCCGCCGUGUUUCCGUUCCUGCUCUUGCCGCUGGUCCCCUCCGAGCACCAGCCCCAGGCCGCGGCACAGCUGUCCCGCCUCCUCGACGCGAACCCGGCCAACGCGGCGGCGCUGUGCCAUCUGCGGGUGCCCCUCGCGCUUAUCAAGCUGGGGUGCCGGCUCCCCGAGCGGAAAAAGCAGGCGCGGGACCUGUACUUUCACCUGUCGGCCCAGCUCAUGUCCCACCACAUCUCCCCGGCGGACGCUCUGGAGCUGUUCCACCUGGCCAGCCUUCAGCCGUCGGCGUGGGCGCGCCUAGGACGGCUUAGAGUCACGUCCGGCGCGGACUUUAUCUCGGCGCGGCACGCGGUGGGGGGGGGGGGGCUGGCGGCGGCAGAGGACGGGGCCCCCGAAAUUGUGGACGAGGUUCGCGUGGAGCACGGGGUGGUCAUGCCUCCCCACGCGGGCGAGCUCCAGAUGCAGCUCCUGUACGUGAUCGGCACGGUCGUCGACUCGCCCGCCCCGGCGUGGUUCUUCCACAUGGACGGGGGGGGCGGGAGCGGCCUGGUCUCGGAGCCGCUUGUCCGCUUCCCGCCGAAGAGGGUGGGGUACUCCCUGUCGAUGUGGCUGCGGCCGUCCGGCUUUUCGGGUGGGGAAACCGCGCUGCUGUCCGUCUGCGGACGAAAAAACGACGGCGCGUCGAGGACGUUGCUUCGCAUGUCUCUGCGGAGGUGCCUGGGCCCCAGGGAUAGCGCGGCGCCUCCGGCGGCGGCGGCGACGGCGGUUGCGGCGGCCGGGAUCGGGGCUAGCUUGGACGACGACGGCGACCAAGGGGCGGCUUCGGAUGACGCUUGCGCGAAGCUGCAGUACCUCGUCCUCACGCACUCGAACUCGUCUGAUGCGGCCGGAGGAGGCGGCGGCGGCGGCAGCAGAGACCAGUGGAUGGACGGCAGCAUCACCGUCUACGUGGACGGGGAGAGGCGCACGCUCGUGACAGAGAGCGCCGCCGCCGCCACCGCGGGGGGGAGCGGCAAGAGCAGCAGGCGCACCGAGAAGCCGGCGGCGGAUCACGCCCCCCCACCCGCGUACCCCGCCGGCGCCGGAGGCGGCUCGGGGUCCGUGUCCGUGAGCGUGGGCUGCUGGGAAGAGCCUCCCGGCGGUGGUUGCCAGCAGGAGUCGUCGACGGCAUCACCGCCCGCGCUAGAUGCCGCCGGGCUGGUGAACGCCGCUCACGCCGCGGCGCGCUUCAGCGGACAGAUCGCCACCGUUGCGCUCGUGGAGGGCGCGUGGAGCCCGGAAACGGCGAAGGCGUCCUUCCUCCGGGGACCGGGGGCCCCGCCGCCGGGAAAGCGCAUCGUCUUCGCCAGCCCGGGCAGCCUUCCCCCGACGCCUUUCCUCGAUCCGGUAGAAGCGGCGUCUUCGGCUCCCGUGGUGGGUGAGGGCAGCAGCGGCAGCGGUCUUGACACGAAGUUGAUCGAACAACAGCCGGCCGUAGGAGGUGACGCUCCUGAGUUAGGAGAGAGCGAGGUCGCCGAAGGCUACAGCAGUAGUGAUCAGGCGGCAGCAGCCAUCCGGCGGGAGUCAAGUGCCUGCACCGCUCCGUUCUCCGGCGUGCCUCCGAAGACGGGGGCCCCACCAAGAGACCCAACACCGCCUGCGGGUGGUCAAACCCCACCGUUCCUAGCCGGAGACCCGCCGGGGAUGAUGUUACCGCUGCUUUCGGAUACGGCGGUGCCCCCACCGCGGCUGUCCGUGAACCUCGCACCCGUCCGCAAGGCCAUCGACGUGAAGUAUGGCGUCGCCCCGCCGGGCGAACCGCCCGCAGCGGGAGGGACGGUAUUCACUACCGAAGCGGUGGCAGAGCGUAGGGCCACUGGCGAAAGGACCGGAGGGGCUUGUUCGGUGGGCAGGGAGGCCGCGGUGGGGGGCGCGGUUCCGUUGUCGGAUUCGGUUGCGUUGACGGUGAACAGCCUCGCGGUGGCGGCGGGCUGCGGGGGCAAGGAUAAGGACUCGGCGUGCGACGGUCGGGUUUCGUUCAGGCUUGCCGCGGGAGGCGGGACAGGCGUGUACGCGACGACUCCCUUGCAUGCCGCGGUACAGGCGGCGGGAGGCUUCCGGCUGUGCCUCCCCUUUCUUCGGAUGGACCACGCUCGCCAGGUGGCGGCGCUGAGAGUUCUGGCGGGCUUGCUGGAGGCGUCGGCUGAGGGGAUGGACGCCUUUCGGGUCCGUGACGGUUUCAACGUGCUUUACCACGCGCUUGCUCAAGGAUACGACGCCCUGUUACAGCUGUCGAUGGACACCUUCGAGACGCUGUUCGAGCUCAUGACGAGCGAGGCGCUCCAGGGGGCCCUGGACGUGUCCGCCUCCAACCUCUCUCCCGUAGCCCUGCUCGACGCUGCGGGGAGAACGGCCGACGACGCGAGGGCGACCUACCUGGCCAACGGCUGCACCGGCGCGAAGCCUGUCCGGUCGCCGGAGUCGCUGCGGCUCGUUGUCGACCUACUGGGCCACUGCGAGCGCAAACCCGACCUGCAGGCGAGGGUGAUGGAGGCGCUCGUGGACGCGCUCGAUGGCAGCUUUGCGGGGAUACAGGUCUGGAGAAGGGCGUUCAACGAAUCAACGGCGUUCGCGCCGCUGCUGUACCUCCUGUCCCCGCCCGCGUUCGCCGCUUCCGACGCGGCCUCUGCCCCACGCCCGACCCUCGAUGCCGCGCUGGGUGGCAACGCCGCCGCCGCCGGCCUGGCGGUGUCAAGGCGGUCGGCAUCGUUUUCCAUGCCAUCGUCGGGGCCGGUGGGGAUCGCAACGGUAGCCCGCGAGGAUCACAGCGGCGGAGGCGGCGGCGGCUUCAAGUUGAAGAGUGUGUUCACCGGAGAGAGGCCGGCGGUGGCGGCGGGGUCGGCCGCGCGGACGCAGGCGGCGCGCAUGGUGCAGGUUCUCAUCGCGGGAUCGGCGGCGGUGGCGCCCGUUGUGCGACCACAGGAUCCGUCGGCGUCGGUAGCUAGCAGCACCUCCGCCGGCUGCACGCCGGAUCACCUGGCCGACCUCGUGGGCUUCGUGCUGCGGUGCCACCUCGAGGUGGAAGAGCUGAUGGACAUCGUAAGGCGGCAAGUCCUCAACACGGGGCAGCUGGCCCAGGACGAACGGUACGGGGUUUCCCCGGCAAGGAGGCAUUUUCCGGAGGGGUCCGCGCAGUCCCAGCUUGCCCUGACGAGGCAGGUGGGCGGGAUCGUGGUGGACCUGCUGGUGCAGCUGUGCGGCGGCGACGGAGGAGCCGUUGUGGUCGGGAUGAUGUCCCAGGCCUUCCCUGCAGGAGGGAAUUUCUUUGUUGCCCUGGAGCUCUUGUCGUCCAGCCACGUGGAGACCAGGGUCAGCGCCAUCAAGCUGCUCAGUCUCAUGCUGGUGAGGAAAGGAGAUGACGGUAGACGACCUUCCACCUCAAACUUCUUUUCGUCGGACGACUCCAGCACCGGCGGGGGCGCGCGGCCGGGAACAGACCCCCAGGCGCUGCGCGCCUUCGAAAAGCUCGGCGGUUUCACCGCCAUGGGGCGCCAGCUGGAGUUGCACACCACCUGCCAGGCCGUGUGCGACGCCCUGAUGGGCAUGAUUUUCGGCGCCUGGGGCUCGAAGCACGAGCCCCGGCCUAUUCGAGAGAAGGACGUGCUGGCCAUCAAGGGCAACAAGGAGUCAUGGUUGAGAGCUUGGUGGAGCAGCUACUCGAGCCCUCCAGACGACGAAGCGACUAACACCGCCAACCACAACAGCAGCGCCAACUCCAUGGCGGCCGGCGCAGCGGCAUCCGCAAGAACAACAACAGCCGAAGGGUGCAGCAGCAGCAGCACCUCCAUAGUAGACCGGAUCAGGUCGACCGCGGUGGGGGCCACUUCCUCCGGAAGCGCACCCGCGACAAGCUCUGUCGACCAGAACGGGCCCGAGAGUGUCCAGCCUCCCGAUGCCGGAGCGCCGCAGACGCUUGCCCCAGCGUUGGACACGAGCUGGCACGAGCAAGAGGGCGGUGACGAGGGAACGGCGGUGCCGGAGGCUGACCAAGAACGCCGCUCGGGAGUUGCCGCCGCCACCCCCGCUGCUGCCGCACGAACCGGCGGGCAGGGUGAAAAUAACCAAGCCGUCAACGGCGAGGGUGCAGCGGUGACGACGACGAUACCCCCCGGUAGCGUCGUCAAGCCGGGGAGGUUCGCCGCUCUCAUGAAGCCGAAGGUGUUCCCCCCGUCCUCAGCCGAGCGAGACGCCGGGGUGGCGGCGCCGCCGCCGCCGCCGCCACCGCCGUCCUCGUCGACGAAGAAGAGAACCGCCGCAGAAAAGCCGGCUUCGUCGUCGCCGCCGGAGGAGGUCUUCGACCCGCCGCUUCCGACCGAGGCAACACGCGAAGCAGCAGCCCGCCAGGCAGUGGAAGAGGAUCAGCCGGAACAGGAACACGGGGAGGACACCAACGGCGGUGACGACUCCGAGUCGCUGAGCCUGGUACUCCCCGAGGCGGUGGAGGUGCUCAUGAGAGCCCUCCAGCGCGCGCAGUCCCCCGCGGUGGUCUCCCGGUGCCUGCUCCAGCUGGAGAGCGCCGUGGCUUGGCUGCCGGCGGCCGGGUCCGCCGCCCCCGAGUCGGCCGCCGGUCGGAACGGCGGUAGCGGCGGCGGGGAAGAUGACGGCACAGGUGGGUCGGCCGUUGGGAAGCCUUCCGCCGGUGCGGUCGGCGGGGUCGGCGGCGGCGGCGGCGGGGCUUCGCGAAAAAGGGCGAGGAACACCGACGGAGGCGACCGCGAGAGAAACGCGGACGCGCUCAUGUCUCGGCAAGGGUGGCUGGCGUGGUGCCAGCGGCUGGUGGAUGCGUUCUCGGCAAGGAACGACAGCGGGGACCUCGUGCCGCCGCCGAGGCGGGGCGCGGGGCACUUCGGCGGGUACGGAGGAAACGACGGUGCAGACGGCGGGGGAGGCGGCGGGAGCGACCGGUGGGGCAUGGGGGGCUCCGAGGUGUGGGAAGCGGGGGGGUACAUGGACGACUCGCACUCAGAGACGACGGACACCGGCAGCGCGUUCAGCUACUUGGAGUCGAUCUCGAUGGGCCAGUCCGUGGUGCCAGACGGUGGCAGCGGUGCUCUUGAGGCCUUCACCGGCCCCGUCUACGGCCUCGUUGCCGCUUUGCUCGAGCAGGACAUGGCGAGACCCGCGCGACACAAGCGAGGCCACCGUUUCCGCGAGCUGUUUCACCUCUCGAACGGCAAGAGCUUCCAGGCGGCGGUGCUGGAAGACGCGCUCGAUGCCGUACAAGACAGCCCCAUGCUGUCUACGGAAGGCGUUCAAAGCUCACGCCCAGCGUCGAGGGCGGGAGGGGGAGGAGCGGCGGCAUCACUGGACGCAAGGGGCGAAGAGAGCGUGCAGAGACUCGAGAACUUGAGAGAACUGCUUGUCGCUGCUUUACAUCACCAUCCCGAUCUUCCCCUGGGGCUGUGCGUCAAGGGCGUGCACACGAUCAACCUGCUGGGGUACCACGGCUCUCAUGAGGCGAGGAGCAGGAUGAAGUCGGUGGGGCUGCUCCGGGCACGAGACGACCUCAUCCGUCGCUGCCUCUUCCACCCCGUCGCGGCCGCGUGGGAGGUAGUGUCGGCCUUGUCCCAGGUGGAGGAUGCGUUGGAGACGCUCGUGUCACAGCACGGCGAGAAGUCGGGCGGCGAGGCUGAGACCGUCGCCGCAGGGGAAGUCGCGGUGCAGCUGCUGCAUCUCUUCGUCGAGGUCACCGUCGCGGUCGUGUCCCAAGCCACAACGACAACAGCGACCGGCGGCGGCGGCGGCGUCUCGUCCCCCGUCGCGCGGAGCAACUCGGCCGCGCUUGCGGGGCGGCGGGCGACGCAGGUCUCCGCGGCGCGCGCCCUCGGGCGCGUGGCGGUGGCGAGCCCCGUCUGCCGCAGCACGGUGAUCCGACUCGCGAGGCACCAGCAGCUGCUCGUCCGCUUGCUGCCGGCGCUCCGCUGCCCGCUGACCAUCGAGGAGGUCGAGGCUAUCGAGCUUGGAAACAUACCAGAGGCUUUGCCGUCGCUUUCGGGCAGCAGCCGCUGGUCCUUGGGAUCGCUGAGCCUUCUCCCUACGUCUACAGCACCAACGUCGGUGUCUUGCAUGUCAGAUGAUGCCGAGGGUGAACAGGAGACGCUCGCAACACACCAGAAGGCUCCUCAGUCCCCUCAGCGCAACAAGGCCUUCUUCCCUCCGACGCCCCCCCAUUUUAAUAACGUUCCCGCUGCGGGCUCGUGGCCACCUUCUGUACCCGGGGGCAGCAUGUCUUCCUACUUCGCGGGCUCUUCGGGGGCGGCGGGCGGUGCCGCCGACGGCACAGCCGGUAACGGCGGUGCCAGCGGGGGCGGGGGCGCCUCGGCGGCGAAAACACCUUCCGUCGCCGCUGCCGUCUUCGCUGCCGCAACGGGGACCCCUGCUGCUGCCGCCGCCGGCGGAGCGAAUUCGUCGUCGCAGUUCCGGCUACACGAAGUCCUCGAAGAGGACGAGGGCGAAGAGCAAGGGCGCCCGGCCUCGCGAGUGGCCGGAGGAGAGGAAGACACGGCGGUGGUAGCUGAGGAGGAGGCAGGGGCCGGGUCCGAGCCGGAAGCGUCUGCGUUGAGGAGGAGGCCACGCCGAAGAAGCAGCAGCGACAUCAGCAACAGUAGUGUUGGCGGUGCCGGUGCAAGCGGGACGGUUGCUUUGCCUAAGUCACGGCCUACCGGCGGCGGCGGCGGCGGCGGCGGGUCUUGGCAUGAUCCAAGCGGCGGCGGACGUGCGAGCGACGGGUUUAACGUCGGGGGCGGGUGGGGAUUGCCGGAGCAUCACGACUUGCAGGCGUUCGUGCAGUGGUACAGCCACGACGAACAGCGGGAUACCAGGGAUGGGCUCCGGCGGAGAGUCUCCAAGACGCUCGCUCCGCUGUCUAAGGCACGCGAUAAGGCAGCCGGCAAGCAGGCCUCUAAGCGGGAGAAGGCCACGCGACAGGCGCAGAAGCGGGAGCUGGAGGCUUCCUCGGCGAGGGAGAAGGCUGCCACGGACGCGCUCGAGCGCUGCCGGGCCCACGCCGAGAAGUGCUCGGACCGCACGACAGCGGCCAUCGACUCCUGGCUCGCGGAGCGGCGGCGGCGGUGGGAGGCCGGGAAAACCCGCUGCCACGAGCUGGCGCCGCCGGCACGGAGCCACGUGGCCGACGGAAACGCCUUCGAUGGCGGGACAAACCAUGUCCCGGCAGGAGAGCAGGCGGCGGCCAUUCCGGGAGCAGCGGCAAACGCUGCCGCGGGGCUAGGUGGAACGCAGGGCGGUGGGAUGGCGCCACGUGACGGGAAGGAGUCGUUGCCGUGGGACUGGGGAAGGGACGGAGGGGAAGGAGCGAGCUUCGAAGACUUUUUUGAGACUUUCGCCGGCGGCGACGAUGACGAGGGGGCCGGGCUGCCUUAGGCGUAUGCUUGGAGUGCGUUGACUUGUUGGCCAUACAGAGAUUCAGUGUGAUGAGAAAAACACGGUGUGUGGUUCUUUUUUCUGUUUGUAGUAUGCCGCUUCCCUAGAUGCAGAGGUUCGAAGGAAAAACCUCUUGUGGCAUCAUUCGCACGGGAGGAAAACUGCCGUGCAGAGGUUUUUGUAGAAGUAUCCCCCGCUGCUGUUGCGUGCCACACUACGUAUGCAUUGUUCUAUCGAACUGCUUUGCUCUAUAUUGUGCCGCACCGGUGCGGGGUAUGUUAGGCACACUCGCGGUCUGCUUGCUGCAGGCAACACGUUCGCAGUUUUUUGUAGAUCGCACAAGCGCAUUUCGACGGCACCACGGUACACGGCAAGGAAGGAAGAUACGACGCCAUCAUUGAACUGCCUUUCGCCCGCGGUGCUGUUGAUUUUUUCCUGCGCUGCGUGUUUUGUAGUAAGUGUUUCAGCAUGGUCGAAAAAAAAAGGAAAUCCUAUCCUUCUCGCACAAAUGUAUUUGUUCUGUUUCGUUUGUGUUGAGUAUUUUUUAAUGUUCAGUUUUGGGGACGCAAUACAUAUAUGGCGAUUUGUUCUUGUGUUUUUCCCGUUCGAUUGAUGCUUGUCUGGGUUGUUGUGGGUAUCACACCGAUGGCAGUGAAUAGGUAUUUACCGAGGCAAGACGUACUUCGAACGUCGGGUAUGGGACGGGGAGGGUUAAGUAGCGCUACAGGCUUCCUGGGAGCAACAGGUGGCUUCCUGAGACGUUCGAAAAACCUUCCUCAUUUAUAUUUUUUCAAUUGUACACAUGAAGGGGGGGGUGGAUGUCGUGGGAAGGCAGGUUGUGUCGCUCUGUCUCGUCUGCUGCUAGGUACCGGCUUUAAUUUUUCCAUCAGCUUAGAUCUAUCUCACGUCAACGUGCCAGUUUGGAUCGGUUUCCCGAUCGUGGUGUCUAUGUAGCAGCUUUCUCUGACAGCUGCGAGAAUAGGCAACAAGGGCGCGUCAUGUUUGUACGAUGUAAACAACAGGGUGUAUGUAUCAUGGUACAGAGAAUGCUUGAUGGAGAGGCAUGAGGCCCAAUGUAUUGCGAUAUUGUCGUUGUAUGCAUACUCCAUACGAGUUGCGGUAGUGUGCUCUGGCAACACGGUCGGAAAGAUGAUGCAAAUCUAAGUGAGAAAUAGAAACUUC